UGCCAGGUCUGGGGCUUCGAAGGACACUGGUCCUAGAUUCCUAGGGGGCUCGGACCUGACCCUGGCCCUUCUUCCUCCAGAGCGGUCCCACCCUGGACAUGCCGGUUCCCUCCAGCUUCAACGACGUGGGCCAGGAUGGGCAGCUGCGGAACUUCGUCGGCUGGGUGUGGUACGAGCGGGAGACAGUCUUGCCUCAACGGUGGACCCAGGACCUCAACACAAGAGUGGUGCUGAGGGUUGGCAGCGCCCACUACUACGCCAUCGUGUGGGUGAAUGGGGUCCACGUGGCAGAGCACCAGGGGGGUCACCUCCCCUUCGAGGCUGACAUCAGCAAGCUGGUCCAGAGUGGGCCCCUGUCCUCCUGCCGCAUUACCAUCGCCAUCAACAACACGCUCACCCCCCACACCCUACCGCCGGGGGUCAUCAUAUACAAGACCGAUACCUCCAUGUACCCCAAGGGUUACUUUGUCCAGGACACAUACUUUGACUUCUUCAACUACGCGGGACUGCAUCGGUCCGUGUUUCUCUACACCACACCCACCACCUACAUUGAUGACAUCACUGUCACCACCAGCGUGGACCAAGACACGGGGAUGGUGAAUUACCAGAUUUUUGUCCAGGGCAACGAAAGCUUUGAGCUGGAAGUGCGUCUUCUGGAUAAGGAAAACAAAGUUGUAGCCCACGGGACAGGGGGCCGGGGCCAGCUGCUGGUGCCCCAUGUCCACCUCUGGUGGCCAUACCUGAUGCAUGAGCAUCCUGCCUACCUGUAUUCGUUGGAGGUGAGGCUGACUGCUGGGUCUGUGUCCGACUUCUACACUCUCCCCGUUGGGAUUCGCACCGUGGCUGUCACAGAGAGGCAGUUCCUCAUCAAUGGGAAACCUUUCUAUUUCCACGGGGUCAACAAGCAUGAGGAUAUGGACAUCCGAGGAAAGGGCUUUGACUGGGCGCUGCUGGUGAAGGACUUCAAUCUGCUUCGCUGGCUUGGUGCCAACUCUUUCCGCACCAGCCACUAUCCGUAUGCCGAGGAGGUCAUGCAGCUCUGCGACCGCUACGGGAUCGUGGUCAUUGAUGAGUGUCCCGGAGCGGGCAUCAUGCUGCCCCAGAACUAUGACAACGUGUCUCUACAGCACCACCUGGAGGUGAUGGAGGAGCUGGUGCGCAGGGACAAGAAUCACCCUGCUGUUGUGAUGUGGUCUGUGGCCAAUGAGCCAGCUUCCUCUCUGAAAUCUGCUGGUUUCUACUUCAAGACGGUGAUUACCCACACCAAAGCCUUGGAUCCUUCCCGGCCUGUGACCUUUGUGACUGCGUCCAACUAUGCAACAGACCAGGGGGCUCCGUAUGUGGACGUGAUCUGUGUGAACAGCUACUUCUCUUGGUAUCAUGACUACGGGCACUUGGAGUUGAUUCAGCUGCAGCUGGAGACCCAGUUUGAGAACUGGUAUAGGACUUACCAGAAGCCAAUUAUCCAGAGCGAGUAUGGAGCAGAUGCGAUUGCAGGGAUUCACGAGGAUCCACCUCUCAUGUUCAGUGAAGAGUACCAGAAGAGUUUGCUGCAGCAGUAUCAUUUGGGUCUGGAUAAAAAACGCAAAGAAUACGUGAUUGGAGAGCUCAUCUGGAAUUUUGCUGACUUCAUGACUAACCAGACACCGGGGAGAGCGGUGGGGAAUAAAAAAGGCAUCUUCACGCGUCAGAGACAUCCAAAAAGUGCAGCCUUCCUUUUGCGAGAGAGAUACUGGAAACUUGCCAAUGAAACCAGGUAUCACAGAUCAGCAGUGAAGUCAAAGUGUUUGGAAAACAGCCCGUUUACUUUAUAAAGCAAGAACUACUUCUCCACUCACACUUCUGUCAGUCCCUGCCUCCCUGGGCAAGGAGAACAUCCACGGCAAACAGAGCAAGUGCUUCCUGGACUGUUCAUGGCAAACCAGGAUGUUUCUGGUCUGAAUUGUGUGGUAAUCUGCUAGAAGGGAAUGCUAGGUGUAUGGGAAUAAAGAGUUGGCAUAAAAAUGACUGCUGAAAAGCAUCUGGAAUCAC